CCGUCCCGUCUUGUGCGGUUGGGGGUUUGUCAACAGGGGAGCUGCCUCGCUGCUCUUCGGCGCCAACGCUUAGGAGGGGACGCGCCGGCGGAUCGGCUCUCCCCGCCAGGAGUUUCGGGACUUAAAGAAGGGGCUAGUGACUUCAAGCCCUCCCCAGCCGCCGGAGUCGAAGCCCCUGCCGCUGCUCCUCCUUUUCGCCGAUCGAACCUUUGCCGAGAGACGGAGCCACCCAGGAUGAGAGCAGCGACCAUAGCAAAGAUACGGAGGGUCUCCUCGGGUCGUGCCAGUUAGAUAAUAGUUCUUGCUGCCCAAAAUAGACCCAUCGAUUAACUACUAUGAAGUGCAUUGGGCCUUCAGAGAGCCAGAAUCUUGCUUUGGUGUUGGAGUAUGCUCUAGCAAGAGAAGCAAAGAUCUGGAAGGUUCCAGUCUUCCAGAACUUCACAUUGAAGGGCACCGAUAUUUCUCCACUCUCUUAUGACAGAACCGUUUUGUGGAUUGGAAAAUUAAGCUCACUCUUUCGGUUUUGCGUUCAAACGUUUUCCUUGGCGGUCAGUUUUCUGAACCGGUUGCUGGCAUCAGUAAAGGCACAGUUGAAACAUCUCCGUUGCAUUGCAAUAGCUUGUCUCCUUCUAGCAGCAAAAAUCAAUGAAGAAGAUGAGAUAAUACCAUCAGUAAAGAAGCUGGCAGAGCAGAGUGAUUGCAAAUGUUCUCCAGCUGAGAUUUUGAGAAUGGAAAGAAUCAUACUUGAUAAACUUCAUUGGGAUCUUUACACAGCAACAUCAAUGGAUUUCUUAAACAUUUUCCAUGCCAUGGUGAUGUCCAAGUGGCCCCAAUUACUAACUAGGCUACCUCAGAGGAAUCCUUCCCGCCAUGCUGCGUUCUUGACCAAACAGCUACAGCACUGUAUGGCCUGCCACCAAGUGUUGCAGUUUAAGGGUUCCACACUGGCCUUGGUGAUCAUCACCUUAGAGUUGGAGAAGCUGACUCCUGAUUGGUUUCCUGUAAUUACCGAUCUGCUAAAAAAAGCACAGAUCGAUAGCACCAAAUUCAUCCACUGCAAAGAACUGGUGGAUCAGCAGAUCCUGGGCUUCCAGCUCCCCAACGCUGUCUACAUUUUCAACCCUGCAAAUCAAAACAUCCAAACUCACCUGGCUGAAGGACUGCCCUGCUAUUAUUCCAUGGGGAAGAAAGAAGUGCAGUUUAACAUGCAAAACUCACUCCUCAGAGGCAAGGCUUAUGUGGAUGACCUGCGGAGUGAUGAAUUCUAUGAUGGAUUCAAAUACUUGUACAAUGAAGGUGGGACCUCAGAAGCUGGACCGAACAGUGAGAUGGGAAAUAAUGAUAUUCAGGGGCCAGAGGAAAGUAUCAAUGCUUGCCCGCCAUUACAACCUGCCCCUCAUAUCGAUUAGAGCCGGGGUGUCAAACUCGAUUUCAUGGAGGGCAGCAUCAGGGUUGUGUUUGACCUCAGGGGGCCAGGGUGGGCAUGGCCAGCUCAACG